CGCAUCUCUGGCUGGGGGAGGGGCCGGAGCGGGCCCAGGGCGGGGGCCGGGGGCGUGGCUCAGACCGUCCGGCCUCCCGCCCACUGAGCGCCAGCCGCGCCGUGGCCAUGGGGGCGCGGCUGGGCAGGCGGUGCGGACCCGUAGCUGGCUCGGAGGCCGGGGCGGCGGCGGGGUGCGGGCCCGCGCCCUAUGAGCGCCGGGUGCGCUGGCUCCGCGAGAUCCAGACCAUGCUCCGUGAGCAGCAGCCCGAGCGCGCCCGGCAGCUGCUGCGCCUCCUGCGCCAGGACCUGGGCCUUGAGGGGACCCUCCUCACUGACAUCCUCUACAGGAAUGUGGCCUUCCUCAACCUGGUGGACCCCAUCUCCCACGACCUCCUUGUGAACUUGGCCCGGGACCUGCAGUGCCCCAAGACGGACCACGAGCUCUGGAAGUCCUCAGACAAAAUUUGCCGGCAGCUCAUCUACCACCUCACCCCUCACUCCAAGCGGCAGAGAGAGCCCAGUCUGCCCCCGAAGAAGACCCCGAGAUGCCUCAAGAGCAGCCUCCAGAAGACUCUGCCGGCGGGGGAGACCAUGAACCUCUCGGGGGUCCCGCUGUCCACGCGGGACGUGGAGCACAUAAAGCGCUACCUGGGCGGCCAGGGCGCCGGGCUCACUGUGCUGGACCUGAGCUUCACGGGCCUGAGCGACCAGCUGUUGCACCUGCUGCUGCCCAGCCUCUGGGCACUGCCCCGCCUCUCCCAGCUCCUGCUCAACGGCAACCGGCUGACUCGGGCCGCGGUCCGAGAGCUCACCGAGGCCGUCAAGGACAGCACCAAGUUCCCCGCGCUGGCCUGGGUGGACCUGGGCAACAACGAGGACGUGGCCUCCCUGCCCCAGCCCCUGCUGGUCGGCCUGCGCCGGCGGCUGAGCCAGCGCACCUCGCUCCCCACCAUCUACGAGGGCCUGGACCUGGAGUCUGAGGGCAGGGAGGCCGGGGCCACCACUGCCACCUCCACCUGGGGCUCCGCAGCUGCUGGGCCAGGGUCUGAGUUUCAGGCCUGCUGCACCAGGUGACCCGAUGCCCUGGCUCCUGCUACCUGACUGCAAUGCUCCCAAGCACAUGGGGUGGAUCAUGGGGCCUCCCAGGCCCCCAGAGAUCUAGUGCUCAGCCUGGAGUUAAGGGGAUGGACGAAGAAUGGGCUCAUCAGAGGCUGGAAGAUCUGCCCAGACUGGGGUCCUGGCCUUUCCUCUGCAGACAGGGCCCAGCGCCUGCUGCUCAGACCUCACAAUAAAGGGCGAUGCCCCCUCUGCCUCAA